AGAAAGCAACCACUGAGUUGCCCAUUGCUGCAGCCCGUUCAAUCUCUCUGCGCAGCACUCUGAGAUCCACGAAUCCAAAAAGAAAGUAGUGUGUGUCACCAGGGACUCUCAUGCCCGGGACAGAGGAGGGCAUGAGCCCUGGGACUGUUGUGGACGCAUUUUCUGUACAUCUCCUGCAGAGCACCGCAUAGUCUCGUCCACCUCCACAGCUGAGGCCAGUGGCAGGAGUCAUCAUGAUGCCCGCUCUCACGGAAUUGAUCUACCUGGGGGUGAGUCUUGGACUCAGGACCACAGUGGUUGCAGGGACCCUCCCCAAACCCACCCUUUGGGCUGAGCCAAGCUCUGUGGUCAGCAAGGGGCAACCUGUGACCCUCUGGUGUCUGGGAACCCAGGAGGCCCAAGAAUAUUAUCUACUUAAAGAUAGAAGUCAAUUUCCUUGGCACAGAAAGACCCAAGUGGAGCCCGGGGACAAGGCCAAUUUCUCAAUCCUGUCCAUGACAGAGCACCAGGCAGGGCUAUACCACUGUUACUACCGCAGUCCUGCUGGGCAGUCAGAGGGCAGCGACACCCUGGAGCUGGUGGUGACAGGGUUCUAUGUCAAACCCAGCCUCUCAGCCCUGCCCAGUGCUUUGGUGACACCAGGAGGGAAUGUCACCCUCCAGUGUGACUCACACCAGGUGUAUACAAAGUACAUUCUGAUCAAGGAAGGAGAACACAAUGUCUCUUGGACAAAGGACUCUCAGCGACAUCCCAACGGGCAUGUGCAAGCCCUGAUUCCUGUGGGUCCUGUGACUUAUGGCCAUAGGUGGUCCUUCAGAUGUUAUGGCUUUUACAGGAAAACCUCCCAGGUGUGGUCAGUGCCCAGCGACUCCCUGGAACUCCUGCUCUCAGGCUCACAGCUCCAGGAUCACACAGUGGAGAAUCUCAUCCGGAUGGCUAUGUCUGGCUUGGUCCUAAUGGCUCUUGGGAUUCUGCUGUUUCGGGCUUGGCAAAGCCAGAGAAAAACUGCAGGUGCAGCGGGAGGUAAAUAGGAGACAAGACACUGCCCAGUACAGAGUGGUGGAGCCUGGGAGAGGAACCCUGCAAGCUGAGAAGGUUCUGGAAGAAAAUCUUACAAAAAAGUAACCUCACUGAGGAGGACUCUCAGUGUAAUGGU